UCUGCACUUAGGAAGCUGAUGCAGAAGGAUCGCUGUUAGUUCAAGGCCACCCAUGGCUACAUGACUUCAAGGCCUGGAAUACAUAGUGAGACCCUGUCUCAAACAAAGCAAAACAAAAAACAAAAACACACUGAAUUAUUUUAGUGGAGUAGCAACCAUUAAAGCUAAUGAGAAAGUGACUAGACAAUAACCCCUGCUAAAUUAAAAGAUAUUUCCAACAGAAAGUAAAAGGUAAAGGGGAAUUAAAAUCAUAUUUGUUCCUAUUUGCUUGACUUGGUGCUCUGUUCUGGUUUCGGCUGCUAAAUUUCCUCACAACCCACUCUGAGCUCUUUCUGCGCUGUUCUCUCUCAGAGCUUGCCAUCUCCCGACCCUGCAUACCAGGAACAGAGCCAAUGCGCCUAAAUGUGUGUGCGUGAGUGUAGUACGCAGCCUAGGAGCCACCAGCCAGGAGCCACGUGUCGGCAGUCACGUGUCAGGAAUCAGCACGAAAGCCUUUGGACGCCUGCGCAGCUCCCGGAUGUGGGAGGAGCCUUCCUGGCGAGCUUGCCUCCCAGUGUCCUUAGCGCCACUUUGCCGCCAGGAAACAGCUGAUGUGGUUUCCUGCUUGGCUAGGUUUUCCGUCUCUUCUCAGCGUUACUUUAAGCUACUGCUGUGGGAUUUUAAAUUCCUCACCCCACAAUGCAGCGUGAGCCUGCUAAGAAAAAGUCGGAGAAGAAGGCAGAAAAGCGGCUGUUUGACGCCGCGUCCUUCGGGAAGGAUCUGCUGGCCGGCGGAUUCGCGGCGGCCGUGUCCAAGACAGCCGUGGCGCCCAUCGAGCGUGUGAAGUUGCUGUUGCAGGUGCAGGCGUCGUUGAAGCAGAUCAGCCCCGAAGCGCGGUACAAAGGCAUGGUGGACUGCCUGGUGCGGAUUCCUCGAGAGCAGGGUUUCUUCAGUUAUUGGCGAGGCAAUCUGGCAAAUGUUAUCCGAUAUUUUCCAACGCAAGCUCUAAACUUUGCUUUUAAGGACAAAUACAAACAACUCUUCAUGUCUGGAGUUAAUAAAGAAAAGCAGUUCUGGAGAUGGUUUUUGGCAAACUUGGCUUCUGGUGGAGCUGCUGGGGCAACAUCCUUGUGUGUAGUGUAUCCACUAGAUUUUGCCCGAACCCGGUUAGGUGUUGAUAUUGGAAAAGGCCCUGAAGAGCGACAAUUCAAGGGUUUAGGUGACUGUAUUGUGAAAAUAGCAAAAUCAGAUGGAAUUGUUGGUUUAUACCAAGGGUUUGGUGUUUCAGUUCAGGGCAUCAUUGUGUACCGAGCCUCUUAUUUUGGAGCUUAUGACACAGUUAAGGGCUUAUUACCAAAGCCAAAGGAAACCCCAUUUCUUAUCUCAUUUUUCAUUGCUCAAGUUGUAACUACAUGCUCUGGAAUACUCUCUUAUCCCUUUGAUACAGUUAGAAGACGCAUGAUGAUGCAGAGUGGUGAGGCUGAACGGCAAUACAGAGGAACCAUAGAUUGCUUUGUGAAGAUAUACAGACACGAGGGAAUCAAUGCAUUUUUUCGUGGUGCCUUCUCCAACAUCCUUCGUGGUACAGGAGGUGCUUUGGUGUUGGUGUUAUAUGAUAAAAUUAAAGAAUUCCUUAAUAUUGAUAUCAAAGGUGGUUCAUCAGGAGAUUAAAUUGAAAAAUGCAUGCAUCUAACCUGUUAAAAAUACAAAUGCUGCCAUUUGUAUACGUUUUGAUAGGAUGUUAUUACUGUCUGUGUCUUAAAGUGGUAUUUCUGCAAUAAAGCAUAGACUUUCUUCAAGGGUUUAAAUAUUGAAAAACAGAUAAGUAUAUGUUUCCU